AUGACCGGUUCUUCAGCUUACUGUGUGGCACAAGCCAUCCCUUCCCUUCUACGCCUUUCAAACAAAACUAUGUUCCUCUUCUCCACGCCGCCAACCACAUUCUUCCCCACGACUACUACUCCUAGGGUUUCGCUUCUCUCUUCAAACCCUUCCUCCUCCUCCUCCUCCAUCUCUCUCCGAUCUUCUUCUACCGUGUCUUCGCCUUCCUGUUACUCUGUCACUCCCAAAGAUAACUGUCUCAUCUCCGCCAAACAUUCUCCCCCUAACAUGUCCACCUCCGUCUCUUCCCGCACCUUCCUUAAUGCUCAGAACGAACAAGAGAUUUUUGCUGGAAUCAAGAAAGAAGUAGAGGCUGGAUCUCUGCCUGCUAAUGUUGCUGCAGGAAUGGAAGAAGUGUACAAUAACUAUAAAAAUGCAGUCAUCCAAAGUGGAGAUCCCAAGGCAAAUGAGAUUGUAUUGUCAAAUAUGAUUGCUUUAUUAGAUCGUGUAUUUUUGGAUGUGACAGAUCCUUUUGUCUUUCAACCACACCACAAGGCAAAGAGAGAGCCUUUUGACUACUACGUGUUUGGUCAGAAUUAUAUCCGUCCUUUAGUUGAUUUCAAAAAUUCUUAUGUUGGCAACAUGCCCCUUUUCAUUGAAAUGGAAGAGAAACUUAAGCAGGGACACAACAUAAUCUUGAUGUCAAAUCACCAAACUGAAGCUGAUCCAGCCAUCAUUGCAUUGCUUCUUGAAACACGACUCCCAUAUAUUGCUGAAAACCUGACCUACGUAGCAGGAGAUAGAGUUAUAACUGAUCCUUUGUGCAAACCAUUCAGUAUUGGCAGGAAUCUGAUUUGUGUUUACUCUAAAAAACACAUGCUUGAUGAUCCAGCACUUGUAGAGAUGAAAAGAACUGCAAACAUACGAGCUCUGAAGGAAAUGGCUAUGCUUUUAAGGAAUGGAUCGCAGAUAGUCUGGAUUGCCCCUAGUGGUGGUAGGGAUCGCCCAGAUGCCCAGACUAGAGAUUGGGUGCCGGCGGCCUUUGAUAUGUCUUCGGUAGAUAAUAUGCGAAGACUUGUUGAACAUUCAGGUCCACCAGGUCAUGUAUAUCCUUUGACGAUACUGUGCCAUGAUAUAAUGCCCCCUCCGCUUAAGGUUGAAAAAGAAAUUGGGGAGAAAAGAAUUAUAUCCUUUCAUGGUGCUGGCAUAUCGGUGGCACCGGGGAUAAGCUUUUCUGAAAUUACUGCUACUUGUGAAAAUCCUGAAAAAGCUAAGGAGGUCUUCACAAAAGCCCUGUACGAUUCUGUGACUGAACAAUAUAAUGUGCUGAAAUCUGCUGUACAAGGGAAAAAAGGGUUUGAAGCAUCAACUCCUGUAGUUUCUUUGUCACAGCCAUGGAAGUAG